GAUUAGGUUUGAUAACUAAUUACUAUGAUUUCUUUUUUUGUGGGUGGUCGAUAAAGUUCGAAGAGGUUGGCAAAAGACCUCAAUAUACCCGAUACAAACCUAAUAACUAGUUCAGUGGCAAAUUGUCACCUGAAGAGCAAUAGUACCUAUUUGGCAAUAUGUGCUAAUAUGCAAGGAAGCAACACAAACAAAAGAAAUUCUAUUGAUCGGCAAACUUUGAACAACUCCGAGAGGGUUAUUUUUUUUCUGUUACUACCGGCAAUAUUUGGGUGCAAAUCUUGUGGGGGUGGCUACUAAUCAGACUUAACAACAAACGUAUAUUACAAGAACUGUCUUUACUUGUAAUAUUUCACUUCCUGAUCUGGGGAAUUCCAUAUAAAAACUUGGAAGUUACCUCUUCAAGAAACUGAAAGAAAUUUGUUCACUAUUAUUUCCUAAUGUCCAAAGAUCAAGAAGUCUACUCUAUUAGAGACUUGUCAUCUUCGUUUGAAGAAAGCUCUUCAUCAUCAAUAAGCAAAACAGUCACUAGAGUUGUAACCGAUAAUGAAUUCGUGAUUCUUGGUAACCAAAAAUUCUACACCCAUGAGUUAAUGUCUGUAUUUGGUCCAACAUUAAAUUUGGGUAUCACUCCCGUAUCUGCAAACAAAAUAGGUAAUCCUGCUCCAGUUGGUAUGUUAACAUUUGGAUUAACUUGUUUUAUCAUGAGUCUUUAUGGAGUCCAUGCUGGAGGGAUAACCAUAUCUAAUGCUAUUGUUGGUAUGGUUAUAUUUGUUGGGGGAACUGGGCAAGUUAUUUGUGGAAUUGGUGAAAUGAUUAUUGGAAAUACAUUUGGUGCUACAGCUAUGCUUUCAUUUGCAAUGUUCUGGUUCAGUUAUGCUGCUAUUCUUAUUCCAAGUUUUGGAAUUGAAGCUGCCUAUGCUGAACACAUGGAUCAAUUUGAAAACGCUAUAGGAUUUUUGCUAAUGGGGUAUGCAAUUUUGGCUAUCGGACUCACCACGUUAACUUUAAAGGCUGCUGUUUCGAUUGCAGUCUUAUUUGUUUGUAUUUCAAUGACAUUUUUAUUACAAUCUAUCGGAGCAAUGGUCGGGAAUGCCAAUGUUACUUAUGCAGGUCAAGUAUUUGGUAUUUUUACUGGGAUCGCAGGAAUGUAUAAUGGAUUAGCGGAAGUGUCCUUGAAGGAAAAUAGUUAUUUUUCCGUUCCUGUUGGUCCGUUAAGUUCACAGCACUAAUUAAUUACUAUACGAUUUAGUUGAUCUAAAUCUUAGUCAAGGGAAUGGGGCCGCCUUGUUAAUCUCUUUAAUUUUGAUUUUACUUGUUUUUCGUUACUACUAAAAUAUACAUGAUUACACGUAC